UCCACCGUCUCAUUCAAGAGCUUCGACUGUUUGGAUAGGAAUUCCGAAGUUACUUUCGUCUGGACCGAAGCCAGUUCGAUCACCUGCUCCAGAUGGUUGGAGCCAGGAUCGCCCGGAUGGACACCAACUACCGGGAGUCCAUCAGCCCAAUUGAACGCCUGGCGAUUUGUCUCCGAUUCUUGGCGACAGGGGACUCCUACAGCACCAUUGGAUUCAGCUUCCGAGUUGGACGGUCCACGGUGGCAGGCAUUGUCCCCUCUGUGGCACAAGCCAUUUGAGACUGUCUGGUUGGUGAAUACAUGCCUGUCCCCAAGGAGGAAGACGGGAGGGCCAUCGCUGCCGAGUUCCUGGAGAGGUGGAAUUUCCCCAACUGUCUUGGCUCCAUUGAAGGGAAACAUGUAGUAAUCCAGGCUCCACCGUGCUCAGGUUCGCAAUUCUACAACUACAAGGGUACAUAUUCAGUUGUACUCUUGGCUGUAGUAGAUGCCAUCUGUUUCCGAUGUUGGUGCUUACGGCAAGGGAAGUGAUGGUGGGACCCUCCGGGACACUGCCUUCGGCCAGGCACUUCAGGAUGGCACCCUGGAGAUUCCACCACCUGCAUCACUCCCUGGAGCUGAAGACCUGAGACCUGUUCCCCACGUCUUCGUCGGCAACGAGGCCUUCCCUUUAAGACCCAACCUCAUGAUGCCCUACGCUGGACGCCAGCUGCCAUUGCCAAAGCCUGAGUGUCGCAUCGCUCAUCCCAUCGUCAAGUGUACAUACUGCAGAUCAGAGUUUCAGCAGGAGAGCAAAACAAACACCAUUUGCAAGAAGUGUGCCCAGAAUGUAAAGCAGUUUGGGACCCCCAAACCCUGCCAAUACUGUAACAUCAUUGCUGCUUUCAUUGGGACGAAGUGUCAGCGUUGCACCAACUCAGAGAAGAAGUAUGGCCCUCCACAGACCUGCGAGCAGUGCAAACAACAGUGCGCAUUUGACCGCAAGGAGGAGGGCAGGAGAAAGGUGGAUGGGAAACUGCUGUGCUGGCUGUGCACUCUGUCCUACCGACGUGUACUGCAAAAGACCAAGGAGCAGAGGAAAGGCUUCAGCUCCUCCCACUCCAACUCCUCGCUCAACGAGAAGGACCUCCACUCCAGACAGCACCAUCACCACCAGCAGCAAAGACACAGCAGCUCACACAAACUCAGUGGGAGCUUAAGUCCAGAGCAGGGAAUGUGGAAGCAGAGCCAUAAAUCGUCUUCGAUCCAGAAGGAGACCCCAAAGAAGAAACCAAAACUGGAGAUGAAGCCAUCCAACGGGGACAGGUACGAGAGGAGUUUCAAUCACAUUAGUUCAAUCACCCAAUCUAUGGAUUGUGGAGGAACGGACAACUUCAUUCUGAUCAGCCAGCUGAAAGAGGAAGUGAUGUCAUUAAAGAGAAUGCUUCAGCAGAGGGAUCAGACAAUGCUGGAGAAGGACCGAAAGCUCACAGAGCUCAAGGCAGACUUCCAGUACCAAGAAUCCAACAUGAGGGUGAAGAUGAACAACAUGGAGAAGGCGCACAAAGAGUCCAUGGAACAGCAACAGGCCAAAAAUCGGGAGCUGCUAAAACAAGUGGCCGCACUCUCAAAGGGCAAGAAGUUUGACAGAACAGGGAGUUCACUGCUGUUACCGUAACGACAAGCCCACCCAACCACAGCUCGGAGGGGCUUCGUUGUUUUAACACUGUGAAAGGCUGAUGCCAUUCUACCUUUCCCCUCUCCUUUCUGUUUUCUCAAUUUUUAUCCUUUUCAGUUUUCUUCAUUGGAGAUCCUGGUGAACAUGCUGUACAUGGAAAUCGUCUUUCAUGUUGACAUGACAAUAAGAAUGCGUCCUCCAAAUUUCAUGUUUUAACCCUGAGGUCAUUAAAAAAAUAUCUGUGACUGUGGAUGGAGGGAGGAGAGUGCCUCGUUAACACUGCCUGGGUACAGCCGCAUGGUUUGCGCAAGGUGGAAAAGAUUGUCAACAUCACAGAACCAAGUUGAUUUUUAUAGAUGUCAUGCAAUUUUAUUUAUUCAAUUGUCUUUCUUAGUGUUUCCUCACCACAUAUUCUGAGCAUUUCCCAGGUUUGGGGGAUUUUUGUCUUCAACAGCAACUUUCUCGUAACAUUAGUUAUAUUUUUCUAAUUGGACGUAAUUAUGGAAUAGGGUCUCUCCUCAUUGGAGACCCUUCUCAACUUACUAUGUAUGCAAAUGUUAAAAUGGUGUCCGACCACAGCGUUGCUGGCCAGCAGCGGAGACUUCUCUCGGCGUUAAAGUCCAAAAACCAUGAACUUUGAGAGAUUUUUAAACCUUGUUAUUUAGAGACAUCUCCCGGCUGCCCUCUUUCUCACUGUGACAGCUGUAGUGCUUUGCUGUUUCUCUGUAGUGUAACGAUUGUAAUACUGCAUGACUUAGUGCCAUAUGCAGGUUGGCAUUGUGGUCUCAUGUAUUUUUAGACUUUUGUCCUUUUUUUAUCACAUGUAAAGGUAUUACAGCGGUCAGCCUAUGUAUUUAAAAUGUAACUUGUAUCGUUUUUAGUGAGUAUGUGUAAGGCUGGUUAAUUAUAUAAAUACAUAUGUAGAAUAUGGUUUUUAAAGGAACACAACUUUCACUUUACAGCUCUGGACCAAACUGGUUUCAUACUGUGGCGUACAGAUCACUUUUGUACUUUUUUUCCAAACCCAAUGUUUAAAAAAUAUUAAAUCUGGUUAAACAUG